GUGGCCGGCUUCUUCUGCCCGGGAGGGGACGUCACUUCCGCCGAGUCCCUGACCUGCUGCUAGGAUCGCGACGGGAACUGGAGCCCGAGGUCCCCGCGCGGCCCGGGCCUGGCGCCCUGAGGGGAAGAGCGGCCCGGCCCGAGGGCGCUGGGGUGGAGACUUUGACUCCAAUCCCUUCCCUAGCCAUGACGGACGGGAUCCUAGGGAAGGCAGCCACGAUGGAGAUCCCCAUCCAUGGGAACGGUGAAGCUGGGCAGCUUCCUGAGGAUGAUGGGCUGGAGCAGGACCUCCAGCAGGUGAUGGUGUCAGGACCCAACCUCAAUGAAACCAGCAUUGUGUCUGGUGGCUAUGGGGGCUCUGGUGAUGGACUCAUCCCCACAGGGUCUGGCCGCCAUCCAUCUCACAGUACCACUCCUGCUGGCCCCGGAGAUGAGGUGGCUCGGGGCAUCGCUGGAGAGAAGUUUGACAUCGUCAAGAAAUGGGGCAUCAACACAUAUAAGUGCACAAAGCAGCUGUUAUCAGAGCGAUUUGGCCGAGGCUCCCGGACUGUGGACCUGGAGCUAGAGCUGCAGAUUGAGUUGCUGCGUGAGACGAAGCGCAAGUAUGAGAGUGUCCUGCAGCUGGGCCGGGCACUGACAGCCCACCUCUACAGCCUGCUGCAGACCCAGCAUGCACUAGGUGACGCCUUUGCUGACCUCAGCCAGAAGUCCCCAGAGCUUCAGGAGGAAUUUGGCUACAAUGCAGAGACUCAGAAGCUGCUGUGCAAGAAUGGAGAGACACUGCUAGGGGCCGUGAACUUCUUUGUCUCUAGCAUCAACACAUUAGUCACCAAGACCAUGGAAGACACGCUCAUGACUGUCAAACAGUAUGAGGCUGCCAGGCUGGAAUAUGAUGCCUACCGAACAGACUUAGAGGAGCUGAGCCUAGGUCCCCGGGAUGCAGGGACGCGUGGUCGACUUGAGAGUGCCCAAGCCACUUUCCAGGCCCAUCGGGACAAAUAUGAGAAGCUGCGGGGAGAUGUGGCCAUCAAGCUCAAGUUCCUGGAAGAAAACAAGUGGAGGUCAGCCCCCACCCUAAAAGCACCAUCAGAGCAGAAUCCAUGUACCCUGGUCUGGGCUCAGGCUCAAGAAGGGCAUCUGAGUCCAGUCUCAGCUGACCCUGCUGGACCCCCAGAUCAAGGUGAUGCACAAGCAGCUGCUGCUCUUCCACAAUGCCGUGUCCGCCUACUUUGCUGGGAACCAGAAACAACUGGAGCAGACCCUGCAGCAGUUCAACAUCAAGCUGCGGCCUCCAGGAGCAGAGAAGCCCUCCUGGCUAGAGGAGCAGUGAGCUGCUCCUAACCAAAGCCGGCUAUCAAGAAGGACAUUGGGAGAGGCAGUCCCAGGGUGGGGGAGAUUGGACACGGAACAUCCCUUGCCACCUGCCUCUGGCUUGGGUUCCCUUUCCCUGGCUGGGGCCCAAUACCAGUUUUGCCCACACUGCUGUGGGUAGGGAGGGGGCUUGCAGGCCCAGCAGCUGCUGCCCUGUCCUUUAUCUUCCUGGCCACUGGGCUUCAUUCCCAGAUCUUUUCCUUCCACUCCACAGCCAAAGGCUAUGACAGAACCACUCCCUGGCCAAUGGCAUUACUCCUCAGGCCUGUCCCCAGCUCCUGGGGUGUGCCCCCUGACCAAUGGCAGAGCCUCAAAAGGCCCUGUCAGCCAAUGGCAGCUCUUCUUGGGCUCCCCUGGGCCAAUGAUGUUGCCUCCAGUACCCUUUGUCCCUCCUCUAUGCGUCCCCAUUGCAGAGAAGGGGACUGGGACCAAAGGGGUGGGGAUAAUGGGGAGCCCCAUUUCUGGCCCUGCAUCUGGAUGGGCUUCCCCUCACCUACCCACCCAGUUUAAUUGUGCUUAGAGCCCUGGAAAAUUGGGACCUAGCACUAGGAAUAAACCUUUCAUAAAAGCAGG